CUGAUGGUUUAACACAGACUACACUGUAGUUUAUAUCAAAAACACAAUCAGUGUAUAUUUGUAACCGGUUGGCGCGCCGAAAGCUACGGGUAGAUGGCUAGAUGCUCACGAACAUCAACAGCGGGUCGUGUGUGUGAGGUAGAGAGAGUGGGAGACAGACAGACAGAAAGAACGUGAUAGACAUCAACAGACCUUUUGUAAUCAAUACAAACAGAAGAAACAUUGAGAUUCUCCAACAAAGAUAUUGGCAAACUAUUCUUACGUUUUGCAUUCUAAGUGCGAGAGGCGACCAAGAACCCUUCGCGGGACUGCAAUUGAACAGUGAGAAGGCACAGAUUAUAACAAUUGAAACAAUAAUUACGCUUUGCGAGAAGAAGCUGAUCAUUGUGGUGGAUUGGAUUGGGGUCAAUCAAUUUGUAGCUCAACGUCAAGAUAAUAGAAAGAGUUACCAUGGAAACUGUUCUGUUCUUCCUCUUUUCACUCCUGGUGUAUGUGGCUGAUGGUGAAAAGGAGAAGAAAGUGGUGGACCCAUUUGUCUAUGACUAUCAUAGCCUGCGGAUCUGUGGACUGGUCUUUGGUGUGGUACUCUUCGCCCUGGGCAUCCUCCUCAUCCUCAGUAAGUCUUCAUACUUCAGCCGAAAAUGUCGCUGCUGUCCCAAUCAGGAGAAGAAGCUCAAGGCCCCUGGAGACGAAGAGGCUACGGCAGAGACCCUGAUCGUGUCCAAAGCUAAGGAGCCAGAGCCAGAGCCUGAAGCUAAGGCUGAGAACUGAGUCAGCCCAACCAGACUGCCUUCCAACCAGACUGCUUCCCCACCUGACUGACGAUCAACCAUAUCUGCCACUGAACAACCAGUGGUGGAAAAAGUACCCAAUUGUCAAAUUUGAGUAAAAGUAAAGAUUCCACAUAAUAGAAAAUGACUCAAGUAAUAAUGAAAGUCGCCCAGUAAAAUACUACUUGAGUAAAAGUCCAAAAGUAUUUGAUUUUAAAUAUACUUAAGUAUCAAAAGUAAAUGUAAUCUCCAAAAUAUAUCAAAGUAUAAAUCAUUUCAAAUUCCUUAUAUUAGGCAAACCAGGAUGACCAUGGGCACACUUCAACACUCAGACAUCAUUUACAAACAAAGCAUUUGUGUUUAGUGAGACCGCCAGAUCAAAGGCAGUAGGGAUGACCAGGGAUGUUCUCUUAAAAUGUGUGAAUUGGACAAUUUUACUGUUCUGUUAAGCAUUCAACAUUUAACGAGUUAUUUGAUUGUCAGGGAAAAUGUACGGAGUAAAAAGUACAUAAUAUUCUUUAGCUGUAAAUGUAAAAGUUGUCAAAAAUAUAAAUAGUAAAGUACUUCAGUGGUACUUUAAAGUAUUUUUACUUAAGUACUUUACACCACUGUGAACCACUACCUAAGGACCAACACAAUAAUGAUGAUGACGAUGGCAACAAAGAUGAUGACGCUGACAAAGAUGAUGCAGAAGAAUUGUGAAGAAUGAAGACGAUGCAACAGGAAUACUGUGAGACCACAGGACAAGGCAUAGGAGUGUGUAGAGGUGGUUGGGGGGGAUAAUGCAGAUGUAAAUAAACCUUGAACCUAUUGUUCCGUGCUCUGUGCCCGUGUACGUGUCUCAGUGAUCUCGGGUGUACCUGCGCCUUACUGCGACAGUCUGUCUCCAGUUUGUCGUCUUAUAGCCAGUGACACCUUUUUGCAGAUCGCCUUUAACACAGUUCUUCAUAAUUAGAGAUGUGUCAAGAAAUGUUGUUCGUGUUUUGUCUUGAGCUUAUAUUCUGUGUUUCUAUCGUCUUUAGGUUCUAGACGUUACUGUUUGCUAUACUUUUUUUCAGAGUUGUCAUUAUCACUUUCACUCUUGUAACAAUUGUCCUUAAUGACGUUUAUCACGUGGUAGAUAAUAUAUACAAUAUAUACACUACCGUUCAAAAGUUUGGGAUCACUUAGAAAUGUCCUUGUUUUUUUUUUUAAGAAAAGUGCAUUUUAUGUCCAUUAAAAUAACAUCAAAUUGAUCAGAAAUACAUUGUAGACAUUGUAAUUGUUGAGAAUGAAUAUUGUAGCUGGAAACUGCACAUUUUUUUAUGAAUAUCUACAUAGGAGUGCAGAGGCCCAUUAUCAGGAACCAUCACUCCUGUGUUCCAAUGGCACGUUGUGUUAGCUAUUCCAAGUUAAGCAUUUUAAAAGGCUAAUUGAUCAUUAGAAAACCCUUUUGCAAUGAUGUUAGCACAGCUGAAAACUGUUGACCUGAUUAAAGAAGCAAUAAAACUGGCCUUCUUUAACCUCGUUGAGUAUGUGGAGCAUCAGCAUUUGUGGGUUCGAUUACAGGGUUCAAAAUGGCCAGAAAAAAAUGACUUUCUUCUGAAACUCGUCAGUCUAUUCUUGUUCUGAGAAGUUAAGGCUAUUCAAUGUGAGUAAUUGCCAAGAAACUGAAGAUCUUAUACAACGCUGUGUACUACUCCAGUUACAGAACAGCACAAACUGGCUCUAACCAGAAUACAAACAGGAGUGGGAGGCCCCGGUGCACAACUGAGCAAGAGGACAAGUACAUUAGAGUGUCUAGUAUGAGAAAUGGACCCCUCACACGUCUACAACUGGCAGCUUCAUUAAAUAGU